AUGGAAGAGAGAUACGAGCCAUUGAAGGAGAUUGGAUCAGGGAAUUUCGGAAUCGCAAGGCUGGUGAAAGAUAAGAAACAUAGGAGCUUGUCGCGGUCAAAUAUAUUGAAAGAGGAAAGAAGAAAGAAUUGGGUGUUACGUGAGGGUCCGUAUGGAUCGGAGUGGGCAAUUGAAGAGAAGGUGAAACGGAGAGAAAUAGUUGCUCCAGAAGCACGCUAUAUAUUUGUAUGCAACAAUGCCAAUGAUAUGAUGGACAGUGCCCCCACUCCCUUGCUUGGUUUCCUACAUUACCGCUUCACUCUGGAGGAAGAGAUGCCUGUUCUUUAUUUAUACGAAUUGCAGUUGGAUUCCUCUGUCCAGGGGAAAGGGAUGGGAAAAUUCUUGAAGGAAUUAGUUGAGCUAAUUGCUCAGGAGAAUCGGAUGAGUGCCGUGGUGUUAUCUGUUCAAAAAUCAAACUCGUCGGCCAUGAAGUUCUAUAUAAGCAAACUAAGGUCAGAUUUUCACUGUCUAGGAUUGUUGUUUACUUACUGA